AUGGUACGCAGAAACAAGCAAGCAGAAUCAAACACAUCAACAAAAGCACCGAUCGAUUCACAGGCUCUGACAAAAGAACAGGAGGAGGAAAUGUCAUCGGCCCUAAUAGCUAAAUUGCUCGCACAAGAUGAACUGGGCGAGGACCACCCAUAUUAUAGCGAGUAUGGAAGUAAUACAUAUGAACAGUUCUUCGAAUCUGACCAUAUGGAUACAGACGACGAUUAUGAUCCCACAGCCAGAGGGAAAACUAAGAAGCAAGCAAAAAAACGAACUCAAAAACAAAAGCCGUUCAAACCAGAACGCUCGUCUCUUGGUCGAUUUUCGCCUGACGCUUCGGCCGGAGUCACCCAAGAAUCAAAAUCACCCGAGUCAACGACAGACGAAUUAACGCUUCUCAAGGAUCUCAAAUCCCCCAAACUCGCCAAAACAUCAAAAUCUGCAAAGGAUUCUGCAACAGUUAAACAUCCAACAUCGCCAACAGAAUUUAAUGACACCAAAUCGUCUCCUGAACCCCCGUCGACAUCCACACAAACGCUUUUAACGCCUUCGGAACCGAAAGACGUUAAUUCUAAAAACUCAUCCGACAAGAAUCUGGCCGAUGAUGGUUCGGGAGGGAAUUGCAGUCAGGAUAACCAACAAACUGUAACUUAUGACAAUGUAACGACCAUCACGUAUGUUGAUCGUACGGGUCCAAAGAAAGUAAAAACACCAAAAAAAUUACAAGCCGGAUUUAACAGCGGCACGUAUACAGGGGACGAGGAAAAGAGGUUUUUAGAGGGGCUCGAGUUUUACGGACGCGAUUGGAAGAAGCUCGCUGAACAUAUCGCGACAAGAGAUGCCAAUUCGAUCCGAAGCCAUGCUCAAAAGUACUUUAUCAAACUUUAUCGAGAUGGACUACCUCUACCGAAGAAAGUACAAGAAUCAGGUGCUGGCUAUACCUUAUCUGGUAAAACACUGGAUCCCGAUUCUGCCGCUGCUAGGCCUUACCUCAGUCGCGUUGCUCACAGUAAACUACCGGCACAAGGAGAUUUGACAACAUCAGUGAACGCUCAGACACCAAAAGGUUUGGAUAUCGAAGUGGAUAGUCCGAGUACGUCGCCCAGGAGUAGUCCUAUCCCAUUUGCAAAGAACGCGGGCUUUAAAAGACGAAAGGAGCCAAAAGAACCCAAGCCGCCAAAAGAGCCCAAGCCGCCAAAGGAACCCAAAGAACCAAGACCUCCCAAAAGACAAAAAGUCGCCAAACCUAAUAAAUCCGAUGAUGGCGGUCCGGAAUUUUCAUAUGGUGCUGACGGGCGUACUGAAUAUGCGAAGAAUAAACUACGCAGCAGUAAAGAACGUGUACAUGCUAAUACUACAAAGUUCGAGAGUCAUGCUGAUCCUCAUACGUUGGUCAAAUGCACACCAUUCAUUGGAGCACCAAAUUCCAACGUUUCUGGAUGUCAGCCAUUUUCGAUAAUUGUCGAAUCCAAUGUCAUGCUAGCCAUGGAUUUCCAUGCACAUCUUAUGCAAACAGAAAUCAUUGGUUUCCUUGCUGGCAAUUGGCUAUCCGAAGAGAGGAAAUUGGUGGUAAAGGCCACAUACCCCUGCCGCUCAUUAAAUACGGGUGAAAAUCGCACAAACGUUGAAAUGGAUCCAACUUCAGAAUGUGAAAUCCGUCAGCGCAUUGUCGAUCGCAACAUGCGCGUUGUUGGAUGGUAUCAUUCCCAUCCUACGUUUGCGCCUGAUCCAUCGAUACUCGAUCUUCAAAAUCAACAAAACUAUCAACUGCUGUUCAGAGACGAGGCAUUAAACGAAGAGCCGUUCGUUGGAGCUAUUAUUGGACCAUAUGAUAAAUGUCUUCCAGGCGCAACAUCGGCCAUUAAUUGGUUUUAUGUGAGUAAUUCGCUCGAAGAUCUUGGACAACCCAAGAAGCUUGCGUAUGGAGUUGCAAAUGAUGCUCAAUUUCCUAAAGCAGCCGCUGACGAACUGCUUAAACUUCUUGAUGAAUAUCGCCUAUCUGCUGAACGAGUAAAAUUCAGUGAAUGUUGGCGGCCUGAAACGGGUGAAACUAAACUAGAAAAGCUUAUUAGAUCGUUGGGCAAACGCAUGCCAUGGCUCAACGUCAGAAACAAACAAGACGCGGAUGGUUCUGAGCAAACAGAGAAUAAUAUGGAUGUUGAUUCCGAAUCUUGUGAAACUGAGUCGGGGGGUAAUCCGUCGACGUCAAUGAGCAAUAACUGGAGAACCGACGAUUUCUUAUUGCGUAUUGAAGGAUGUUUGAGGGCGUGGUGA